AUGGUGUACGGUGUUUGUAUCAUGAUUUGUAAGAACAUUGUAAUGGUGUACGGUGUUUGUAUCAUGAUUUGUAAAAACAUUGUAAUGGUGUACGGUGUUUGUACUAUGAUUUAUAAGAACAUUGUAAUGGUAUACGGUGUUUGUACCAUGAUUUGUAAGAACAUUGUAAUGGUGUACGGUGUUUGUACCAUGAUUUGUAAGAACAUUGUAAUGGUGUACGGUGUUUAUACCAUGAUUUGUAAGAACAUUGUAAUGGUGUACGGUGUUUGUACCAUGAUUUAUAAGAACAUUGUAAUGGUAUACGGUGUUUGUACCAUGAUUUGUAAGAACAUUGUAAUGGUGUACGGUGUUUGUAUCAUGAUUUGUAAGAACAUUAUGAUGGUGUACGGUGUUUGUACCAUGAUUUGUAAGGACAUUGUAAUGGUGUACGGUGUUGGUACCGUGAUUUGUAAGAACAUUGUAAUGGUGUACAGUGUUUGUAUCAUGAUUUGUAAGAACAUUGUAAUGGUGUACAGUGUUUGUAUCAUGAUUUGUAAGAACAUUGUAAUGGUGUACGGUGUUUGUACCAUGAUUUGUAAGAACAAUUUUUAUGCUGUGAAGUAG